UCUGGUUUCUUUACUCCAGAACUGGAGCACUGGCGGAAUCCGGUUUCUAUUCGAAGGCUGGCAACCCCGCAUCCGAGACAGUCAGAGUCUGCCUCCUUGCCUUCUGCAAGCUCUACUUCAGUCUCCUAUCCUGACAGGGGAUCUAUAAAAGCAUCAUCGUCGUCGUCUCUGUCAACCAGCCUCGGCUCUUCCGGGCCUGUCGAUCCGGCAGAGUACCUUGACUUGAUUGAACGGCUCUCUAGUCGAGGCGUUGCCAAUCAUAACCUGGACUGGCACCGAAUGGAUGAAGUUGGCAGAGGAACGACUGUAUCACCAGUUGGAUCAGUCACCAAACCAUUAGACCGCAACCAUCUACGCGCCUUGCUUGUUAGAGAGGGUAACUCUGAAAUUACAGGCAGCAGACAAAGGGACGAUAAAAAUUCUUGGCUAUCCUCCUAUCUUUUUGCCUCUGGUGGGGAACCCGGUGGUGUAAUUGGUGACAAUACCAAUAGAAUCGGUUCAUAUGGCCGAGUUCAGAGGUUGGUUCGCUUCCCAGAUCGUCGGCACCAGCCGCGCCCACACCAACCACAUGAAGCGGCUGCAACAACGGCGACGCAUAAGUCAUUGCGAGGGAUCGGUGCUGCAUACGAUGAUGGAUCAGAAGAAGAGGUUGGGCAAAUCGUUAAUUUGAAACCAAGUUCAAGACAUGCUGGAUUUCCAGUCACGUAUCCUUAUGACCCUACGGGGCAUGAUGAAGGAGUAGAGGAGGGCGAGGAUUCACAGUUUCGCAGUGCCAUGAUUUCUAGGCCAAAGUUCCUUUCAGACCCGUCAGAUCAGGCUUGGCCUUCGAAGUACCCAAUAAGCGACAACUCUGCUCUCUCCAACCCGAUUAAGCCAAAUGUAGGUCUGCUCUCCUGGCAUCGCAGCCGCGAUCGAGAUGACUUCCAUCUGCCUCUGGUGGAGACCAGCGCUCGCCACCGUGGUCAUGACGUCAAUGAAUUAUAUCCUGGCUCUGAUCCUCAACUUUUUGCCCCUGGCCGACGCGGGACGCAUCAUUUGCUUGAAUCCAAUGAACGCCGAGUGCGGCCAGGAUUUGACCCAGGGGACGCCUAUGGCUAUGGUUACGCCAACGGCGAGGCUGAGUCCGACAGCCGAGCAGGUUAUAGCUAUGCCGACCUCGGCUACUCUGAGACGGGUGACGGUAGUCUUACAAAUGCUUUGGCAACGCGUCGACGCCAAUCGGCGAGAUUGAGUAGCUGGCCUUGGUCUCCUGAGUCCUCAAUGCCGAAGCCGAGCCUUAAGAGAAAGCCAUUGAAGCCAAAACAAGAUCACACUACUCCCGAUAACCAAUUGAAACCCAACGAGAAUCAGAACUUAUCCAGCCUUCGCAUUAAUACUACUGAUUGA